ACAUCUAUACAUACAUAUAUGAGGAUUCUGUCUGACUUUGAUGAAUUGAUUCUUCAAUACUUUCAAUCAAAUUUAUUCCAGAGAGUGAAAUGGUGGACAACAACAUCAACAUUGGAGGAAGUUCUUUUGAUAACGAAAACAGUGGCAUUAAGGAACAAGAUCGGUUGUUACCAAUAGCAAAUGUAGGGAGGAUAAUGAAGCAGAUAUUACCACAGAAUGCAAAAAUCUCAAAGGAAUCAAAAGAAACAAUGCAAGAGUGUGUUUCGGAGUUCAUAAGCUUUGUGACAAGUGAAGCAUCAGAGAAAUGCAGGAAGGAAAGAAGAAAGACAGUGAAUGGUGAUGAUAUCUGUUGGGCUUUAGCUACACUUGGCUUUGAUGAUUAUGCUGAACCAAUGAGAAGGUAUUUGCAUAGAUAUAGAGAAUUAGAGGUUGAUAGAACACCAAAUGCUAAUAAUAUUGUUCAAGAUAGAGGAAAUUAAUUCAACUGUGGUAGAAAUUACUUGUUGUGAUUCAAGAACUAAAAAUUAGUUGUUUUGUUUGUUGUUAAUUACUAGAUCUUAAUCUUAAUUAUAUGUACUUUGGGUUUAUGUAAUCAACAUGCUUGAGUUGAUUUGUUAAAUUUGAGAUCCCUUAAUGACUUUUUUUCUUCUUCUUAUAU